UGAAAGUGAAGCUUACAAAGCUUUAUAAGAAUGAAGAACAUACAUUGUAACGGUCGAAAGAGUCAAAAAGGACGAGAGAGUAUUCGGAAGGAUAAAGUACUUCCUUUUUGCUCCCUUCCCCGCCCACGACGCAGGGUAAGGGGAGAGCAUUAUAGGGGAGCAUCGUCGUGUGGUCGUGAUUUGCGAUUUUCGGCGUCGGUUCGCAAACCCCCAGGUUCUCGCAGUCACUCCGAGUCGGUCGAUGAAAACGGUUGUCCGGAAGCCGUGAUGCCUCUCAUUCGGUGACCAGGCGAAAGUGGGGCCCAAGGGUCAAAGGUAGAGAAGCAUUCUGAAAGAAAAACGUUCUGUGUGCAAAAACUCACCACCCUCCCGGCCAAGUGUUAAAUACCAUCCAUUUAACUUUUUCUGGGGCAAUCGUGCGUGCAAAAAUCAGCGGCCUCGCAGUGCAGUGACUCAGUGUGAUGAAACAACUAUACACCCCUUGAAAAUGUUGGAUGGAAACUCUCUUAACUCUGGUCUAUAUGUGGCAAUAAUGAAAAGAAUGGAGGGCACUUAAAGCACAGAAGAUCCUUGAGUAAUUGUUUUUUAUCAACACCAACGUUGAGUGACAAAUAAAAGAAGGAAUUUCAAAUUGUGAUAAAAGUUUCGUGUGAAGUGUGAGAACACAAAAGGAACAUCCUCUCUGCCUCGAAGUUUGAAUAAAAAAAAAUUGCACAAUAUAUCGCGCGAACGGUGUCCUUGGGAGACAAUAAAAAAAAGGAUGUCGUCGCCAGUGGUAAAUGGUUCCAGUACAUCGAGUAGCUGUAGUAGCAAUUCCGUGAGUAGUGUUCAGUCGUCAGUGAUGUUUGCCACACCAACGGCUCCGGUAACGCCGUGUGACGCUGUAGCAACACCCAUGAGACUCCUCGAGAGCCUCCCGAAGCGCCUGCCUGAGCGGCAAGAUCCGGAAUUGCUGCGCUGGUCGGAUAUGCCGCAGCAUCUGCAAUUUAAUCCCUACGUCCUCACUGGCUAUCGACCGCUUCAAACUGUCAGGGGUUGCAUGUACAGCCUCUUUUACUGGCACAAUGAGACCAUUAACAUCCUAACACACGGCAUCCCUAUCGUGUACAUCCUGGCAAUAGUUCCUGCAAUGAUGCCGUGGGAAAAUGAUUUUCGAUUUCUCUCGUGGUGCCACAUUAUUGGAGCCGUUUGUCCGUGGAUUGGGAGCUUCGUGUACCAUUUGUUCAUGAAUUUGGAGAAGGGUGAAUGCAUUUACUACAAACUUCUCCAACUAGAUAUGCUGGGUAUCUGGGUUAGUCAGAGUUUUGGGGCUCUGCCAAUGGUGACGGCGACAGUAUUCUGCCUGGGCUGGAAGCUAAAGUGGUCGUUAAUGCUGGCUUACUGUAUGCUGAGCCUCUGGGGGUUGUACAAGGCACUGACGGCCCUGUCUCCGUGGCAGAGGCGCCUGUGCUUCUUGCUGCCCUUCAUGAUGAGGGUACUCCUGACGAUGCUGCGCACCCUGAAGCUCGCUGGCGGAAAUCCGGCGGCCCUCACCCAUGUCUUUCUCCAGGACGCUGUCUCCGCUCUUGGUGGAAUGAUUGGAGCACUUCACAUUCCUGAGAAAUGGUUCCCAGGCAGUGUGGACCUGUACUGUAAUUCACACAAUAUCAUGCACGUCCUCGUGGUCCUGGCAGUGUAUUCAAUGCACCAGGCCACCGUGUCGGAUCUGGAUUGGAUGUCGAAGACAAAGUGUUCAGAGAAUGGAACAGAUGCCAGUAUUAGUCCGCUCCUUAGCGAAAGUCCGCACAUGGACUUGUGACGGGUUAUUGGAAAACUUGUGGGUGAUUAUCACAAAGUUGUUUGCAAUUUGUAUUUUAAUUUAUCACAAAAGUAGAUGGGGGAUGAAAAGCAUGAUUUUCCCACAAAAAGAAAAGUUUAUGUAACGAUGAAAAUAUGAUUAUAUGACAGGGAUAUUUUGGAUGAGAAAGAGUUGAGAAAAUGAAGAAUGUUUAUAGAGGAAAAAGUUUUACAUUUUAAACAUCUGUUAUGCAAAUUUGCAAAUUUUCAUGAAAUCUCCCGCCCCCCACACGUAAACUGUUUGUUAGCCUAUGGUUUCCCACUGAGAAAUCCUAUUUCUUUUUGGAACGAAAAUGUGGAUAUGCAAUGAAUAAAAAAAUUAUUGGAUUUUAUCGAGAAAAGAAAAUUAGUUUUCUCUCGAAUUCGGAAUAUAAUAAAAUAUUAAAAAAUAUAUUAACUAAAAUAUACGAUGAAAAAAAAACAAAAAAAAACUUUCACGAUGAUAUUCGUAUAAAAAUUGUUGAAAAAGGAAAUUUCCAAUUUGGAAGAUUAAAAAUAAAUGGAGAAAUUUCUCUAAUAUUUCCCAUGUAUAUAGCCAAUAUAUUAAACCAAAAAAAAAACCUACAGAAAAAUUCUCUAUUUUACUACAAAUUCAAUCUCUUGCUAUAUAUACAAAAAAUAAAUAAAUAAAAAUAUUUAGGCUAUAUGCAAAUUGAUUUAUCGAAGGACUCGUAGUGACAAUGAAGAAAUUUAUAGCGAUGGAAAUUAUUAGUAAUAAAUAGGAUUAUUACAUGGUAAGGAAUCUCAAAAGAAGUGAAGAACCUGAUUGAUUGUCUGAGAAUCAGAAGAUAAAACUUACGUGCCAUUGAACUAGAGGAAAAAAAUAUAAUAACUAUUUAUACAUAGAAUACACACGAUAGAAAUGAGAUAUAAAGUAGGGCGAGUACGACGAAGGGUUAUUUGUUCACGUAUUAUUGAAGUGAGACACCAUACUUUGGGUGCUUUUGGCUUCUCUAUAUAUGCGCCAAAAUUGGUGCUUUCCUUUUUACCUUGAAAUUUAUUUACUUUCCAUCAAUAUUAAUCCCUCAACCAUUCUUUCUCUCGUUCUAAUGUCAAUUUUCGGAGAAAUUUCUUCUUUUUUAUCUCCCCCAAAUAAAAGAAAUAAUCUUUCUUACUCACAGCAGAUAUAAAAAAAAAUAGAAACGAUAGAUAAAAUGUCGAAGAGGGAAUUGAAAACCUCACAGGUGGAGGUCAAUUAAAUCGUUAAUAAUUCGCUAAAAAAAAAGAUCGCCAGAGCGACAGAGUAAAAUUCUUAAAUAGCUGAAAAAAAACUUUAACUGAUUACAUACAAAUUAAAGAAGAAAAAACGACGUAUAAAAUUGUUUCCUAGAUGAAUUUCCUCUAUUAGAUAGUAAAACUAUAAAAGAAAAAAAAAGAUAAUGAUAAGGGAGUAAAAAAUGAAAAUUUUCUUGGCCUAAAAUAAACAAUUUUGCACGUUGAAGAAAAAAAUAUCAUUUUUCAGGGAGCAUUCACAUUUAUGAAAAAAAGCUCUAAAAAGUUCUAUUAAAUCUUCUUGCCUAAGUUCCUUUUCUCUCUCUCUCUGGCUUCAACACAACAUAAUAAAAACAUUUAUUUUAGUGAAGUAAUUCAGUUUAUGAACAAAUAAUAUCCAAACCAAAUUCUAACUAAACAACUUUUGUCGAAAACUUCCUCAAUACACAAAAUUAGAGGGAGAGAAAGUUGAAUUUAUGUAUUUGACCAAAAAGUUUUCAUGAUAUUGACUUUAAUAAGGCAUAGCGAAGCAAUACUUUCGUAGAAUAAAAAGAAAAGACGUAGGCUUUCUUACUCAAUUUAAAUGCGCUAGUUGCUUAUGAGAAGCCAUUAAUUACAGACUUUUUUGCUUCAGAGUUUCCUGUGAAAGUGAUUUUAUAUUAAACUUCAGCUGAUAACGAAUAAAUAUAUUUAAACUUUUGCAGAAA